AGAUUUCCGCCGAUUUCGCGGAGAGCGGCGGCUAGCUCCGAUGGAGGCGAUGCUGGAGGCCGGGGUGGGCCGGUUCCGGGGCCCGAGCCUGGCGGCGAUGCUGGCCGAGAUGUGGGCGCCGCUGGCCGUCGCGCUGGCGGCGCUCGCCACGCUGCCCAGCCUGCUCGGCAGGCUGCAGGUGCUCAUCCUCCGCCUCCGCUCCCGAGGGAAGGAGGCCAUCUCCUCCCACAUCUCCACCUACUACUCCUCCGGGGACGACGACUCCGACGCCGACUCCGACGACGAAUCCGACUCCGAUGACGCCUCCUCCUCCGGCGAGGAGGAGGAGCCCGAGGGCAGGAUCGGGUACUUCGAGGGCGCCGCCGACGGCCUCGACGGCUGCUUCCCCUUCGGCGGCGCCGUCGUGCGGACAUGGCAGGACCUGCCCCGCCGCUUCUCCUUCACCGCCGCCGCCGCCGGCGGAUUCCCGUCCGGCGAUACGGCGCCGGCGGUCAGGCUGUGGGGCGCCAGCACGGCGAGCGGCGAACGCAGCACCCCGGCGUGGUGGGACGGAGCCGAUGACAGCGGCAGAAGGCAGGCCGCCGAGGUGGCGGCGCCGGUGGUCGUCGGGUGGCGGCGGCGCGAGCACGCGGCCAGGAGGAGGCACCGUCUCCUCCCCGUUCUGCCGUCCCCGCAGUAAAACAAAAUGGUUGGUAGGUGUGGCCGUGUGAAUAUGCUUUGGGCUGAGAAAAGAUGCUGAUUCCCGGCUGGCCCCACCUGUCUGUCUGUCUGUGCGUGGGGGCGAAUAAGCGGGUGGUGAUUACUGUACUAGGGUGGUUAGGAGACGUGGUGGUGACGGUGAUUGAUGAUUCAUUAUUUGGACAGGCAUUGCUUGCUUAUAUGCAAAGGAAAAGACCAGAAGACUCAGCUCCUGCUCGGUGCUGAAUCCAUCUUCGAUCGAAGAUUUGUGCUGUAUCACCAUUCUUUGGCAUGGAAAUGCUCCAUCGGUUGAGCAUCCAUUGCUUGUACUACUUCCAAACAAAAAAAAGAAAAAAAAUCAAUGUUGUCGAAAGAAAAUACUAGGCUCUUUGGUUGAUUAUGUUGAGUAAUAA